AUGGAAAGCGUGCCUCGGGCUCUUGAAACGAGCUUGGACACCGCGAAAAAUAUUGUUUACAAAGAAUCGAACAUUCAAGAAAAUUUAGCUGCACUACGGCAACUCCUGGAUAGCGAAACUGGAGGCACAACCUGUCCGAGUUGUAAUAUGCCCUUUGAUAAGGGUAAAAAAAGAAAAUUGAUCGACACGUGUGGUCAUGAACGGUGCUAUUCCUGCAUGUUCAGGAACGAAACUUGCCCUAUAUGUGCCAGAAAAAGUCAAGGGAGGAGGCAAGUCAUGGAGAGAUACACACCAUCUCCUCAAAGACAAGUCGACCAGGAAUGGCAGUCGCCCACUCGGCUUCCAAAACCACCAAAACAGCCAUCAAGCCUUGCUCAAAGUUGUCCAACACCACCGCAUACGAGGAGAAGAUUCUUUCUCAGUCCUAAAUCCUUGCGGAGUCCUUUCGGACAACGUAGUGGUCGCCAUUCAAAUGAAAACCACGUGCCACUUUCUGGAUUACCGGAGGAGGGUCCCAGGAGUGCGGCGUGGCCAAGUCUUGUAUUCAAUAAAAUAAGGUCGCUGUGGUCCGCCCAUUCCUCCGUUCCUCACGGACUCAACCAAUUGACAGAUGACGAGGGUGGCCACAUCAAGCAAGGAUACGAGUCGAGGCGGCAGAAUGAUCUAUACAUGCGAUUGGGAUUACUGCUUGGCGAGAGACGCGGAUCCCGGAACAAAUCCCGGGAUAGCUGCACGUCAUUAGCAUCUUUGGACGCUCAUACCUUGGCAUCCCAUAAUACGAGUCCUGUAUCGACGCUGACCGGGUCGUCGGAGGUGGACGCAGCGACUCCUAUUGGUCGCGACUCACUUGGAUCCCUUGCUUCAAUGUCGUUGUCAGCUGCCAGCAACUGUUCCUCAUCAAGUCCUGGCAGUAGACGGCAUUCUGUGACUGCAUUACAAAAUGGCCGUGAAGAAUUGACACGGAUGUCGAGCGGUUUCUUCAAGAAUAGGAAAACAGCUGCAAGAAGAUCAGCUCGAGUCAGUAGUAAGCAGUCUACUUCUUCUUCAGAAUUAAAGAAAGUUCACCCCACGCCUCAACUUACUCUUCGACCAUUAUUCUUCGAAGUACCUUCCAGUGAAAAUGAAAAUGUAUUUUCUGGAAGGCAAUGGUUAAUAAGAGACAUGGAAAAAGCUUUAAGCUCGACUUCCUCCGGUAUUCUGGUCUCAGGGUGUCCAGGCACUGGCAAAACUGCUCUAAUCCUACAACUAGUAGAGUAUUCUUGUUUUGGACGUAAAAGAAACUUUGAAUACGAAGAACUAAGAGAACAGUUGGACAUUAGGGAAAUUUUGCCCGAAGAAAUUGCGACAGGAAUGGUAAACCACUUAGCAUCACAAGUUGUCGCCUAUCAUUUCUGUCAAGCUGAUAACAACAGUACAUGCCUAGUAGGUGAAUUCGUUCACUCACUUGCAGCACAACUUUGCCAAGCACCGAGAUUACAAGCGUACAGAGAAUACCUACUAAGCGAGCCCCAUCUUUUAGCUUGUCUUUCUCUUAAAGAAUGUAUAGCGGACCCAGAUUUAGCAUUCAUGAGAGGAAUCAUAGAACCUCUCAUUAUUUUACGAAAGAAUGGAAGUAUAGAUUCGACAAACAGCAUCAUUCUCGUCGAUGGCCUUUGUGAAGCAGAAUAUCAUAGACCGGAUCACGGAUAUACUAUCGCUUCAUUCCUAACAAGACAUGUUCCGGAAAUGCCAUCUUGGCUUAAAGUGAUUGCAACUAUAAGAACUCAGUUUCUCGAAUUAACAAAACAACUUCCAUACACAAGAGUGAGUUUAGACGACUCUGACAAUGUACAUAAAGAUUUACUUGAAUACUUCAACGCAAGAGUCCAAGCAGCGCCUAUUAUAGAAACUAAUAUUAAAAGCUCCACUGGAAAAACUGAAGGAGUACACAAUUCAGUUAUGAAAUUCGCGCAAUACGUCUUACACUUAAGUCAAGGAUCAUUUUUAUUCUUAAAAUUAAUCCUCGAUCUUCUUGAGCGAAGUCACAUAGUUGUGAAAUCAACUAACUACAAAGUGGUACCCAUUUCGCUGGCACAAAUAUUUUUGUUGCAAUUUAAUUUGAGAUUCCCCACCGUGCAGUCGUUUGAAAAGGUGACACACAUUUUAAGUGUUUGCUUGGCUGCCCUGUAUCCGCUCACUUUGGUAGAAAUUUACUAUUCAGUAAACUCAUUACUCGUCGACACAUUUUUGCCUUGGGAAGAAUUCUGUCACAGAUUCGAAAGCCUUAGCGACUUUCUAGUGAAACGAAUUGAUAACACCUACAUGUUCUUUCACCCUUCAUUCAGGGAAUGGUUGAUACGUCGUGAUGAUAAUGAAAGUCCUAAAUUUUUGUGCGAUUUAAGAGCGGGACAUUGUGGAAUCGCAUUUAGACUGUCAAGAGUACAAGCACCUUUAGAUCCGGAGAAAUCUAUGGAAUUAGGACAUCACAUUCUUAAAGCUCACAUGUACAGAAAUAUGGGACCAGCCCAGUUAGGGUUAUGUCCUCGUGAUUUACAAGCUAUGAUGGUCGCUACAAGUUCUGCCAACGUUGGCGAAGCUGUUGCAAAUUUAAGAAACAUUUAUACUCCCAACGUCAAGGUUUCACGUUUAAUGCUAUUAGCUGGAGGAUCUCCCAACCAGAUAACGGAUUGUCUUGGAAACGCACCGUUACUGUGCAUGUAUGCCUAUCAAGGAAUCAUAUCAAUGGUUGGAUUGCUCAUUGAAUUUGGAGCUGAUUUAGAAAUGACAAACUCUCAAGGAUGUUCCGCUUUAUCGUUAGCGUGUCAAAGAGGUCACACCGAUGUCGCUAGAAUGUUGAUAGCCUCAGGUGCAUCACUAAGCCACACAGAUACUGCUGAACAAACUCCAUUAGUCCAUGCAGCCAAAAACGGUCAUCGAGACACAGUAAUUUACCUCUUAGGAUGCCAGACAGGGAAAGAUGACAGAAAUUCAUUAGACAUUGAAGAAGACAACAUUGAACAAUUAGUUCCUGGCUCCAGACAUGCCUUGAUAGCCGCCUCUCAAAAUGGACAUUUAGAUAUUGUAGAAUAUCUUUUGGAUACAGCAGAACUGAUUCCGGAUGGCAUCUGCCCAGUAACUGGAGAAACAGCUUUAACAGCAGCUUGCUCUACUGGCAAUGCAAGUAUCGCAGACGCUCUACUUAUUAGAGGGGCAACACCAUAUUCCCUGAACGCGAGACAAAUGUCCCCUCUAGCUUUGGCCUCGAAAAAUGGUAGAACAACUCUAGUGUUGAGAUUAUUGGACUCUGGUGCAGAUGUGAUGGGGUCUGGAGGAAAGAAUCCAUUGAUAUUGGCAUCGGCCGAGGGCCACGCUGAUGUUGUAGAGAUGCUUUUGGCCCAUGGUGCUGAUCCAAAUGCCGUUGAUGCCGAUGGUAUUUCGCCACUUGGCUGGGCGAGUCUCCGAUCUAGAAUACCAACAAUACAAGUGCUCUUAGAUAAGGGUGCUAUAAUCGACCAACCGGACGGCAGCGGCAGGACACCACUAGGGCUGGCGUGUGGAGGGCCAGCUGAGCUGGUGGAGCUAUUGUUAGAACGAGGAGCCUCACUGGAGCGGGUCGACCACAGUGGACUGAGACCUCUGGACAGAGCUAUUGGACAACGGAAUGUUCCCGUGGUGAAUUGCUUUUUGAGAAAAGGGGCCAAACUCGGUCCCACGACAUGGGUAAUGGCAUCAGGCAAACCAGAAUUUAUGCUUAUACUCCUGAACAAACUUCUAGAAGAUGGGAACAUGCUGUAUCGCAAGAACCGACCUUCAGAGGCAGCUCAUCGCUACCAAUACGCCCUGAAGAAGAUCAACCCUCUCAUCAGUGAUGAGGGUCUCACCGCCCCCUCCCCAGGAACUCUGCCCGGAGAACACGUGGCUGCCUUUGUGCAGCUCAAGACUAACCUUCUACUCAACAUGUCACGAUGCAAGAGAAAGCUCAACGAACCAUCAGAGGCCUUAGCCUUAGCUGGACGCGCAUCUGUCUUACGUCCAAACGCAUUCGAAUGUUCCUACGCGAUGGCGAGGGCCAUACUAGCACUUAAUAAACCAUCUGAUGCUUUACCACACGCCAGAAGAGCCCUACUUCUAGCCCCUUCUACAGAUUUAUCAGCCAUGAGAACACUAAAGGCCCUACAACAAGAGAUUCUCACAAGGAUCAACACUGGGACCCACAGCUUAAAUGGAGAUACGCGCUCGAUGAGAAACUACGACAGCAUAAGUUUAAACAUGCCGUGAUCAAUAACAAUCGUAUAAAAUUCGAUGAACUUGUAAAAAUAUUAUUAUUAUAUAAAUAUUUAACAGUACAAUGAGUCGCAUUGGAUGAUACGUUCCUUGAAAUGAAUAAUUUGAUAGUAAAAUUUUGUGAUUGUUGCAUUUAGGUUUCAUUUUUGGUUAAAAAAAAUUCAAAAAUAAAAAUAAAAAUCUAUGUUCGUAUUGUGAAUAUCGUUUGUUUGAGUAUAUAUUUGUCUUUUUUAUCUAUAUUGCGUAUAUUACUUUUAUGCUUGUAUACUUAUUUUAACUAUUUCCUAUGUAACGUUUGUCUUGUUCAUAUUAAGAUUUAUAUAUAUAUGCAUUAGUGCUGGCACAUUCAUAUUGUCUUUUGUGCAUAUAAAAAAGUUGCUCUAAUUUUUUUAAUUGACAAAAUAAACUGUUAAACUUCGUCAAUUUUUAGUUUUAUAUUUUUUUUCUAGACACUAAUAGAAUCCUUGUGAUUAAAUGACGUUUCUGUAAAUAAGUAUUAUUUCUAAUUGUAUCUUAAUACAUGAAAUGCAUAGGUGUAGGAUUUAGUGUUUACUGACUCGAAUAUAUAGAACCUUAAAUUUUGGCUUGCCAUUUAUAUUUUUUUCAUUGUUCAUUUACUAAAUUAAAAAAAAUGUAAUAGACAAAUAUAUGUUUAAGAAAGAAUUUAAAUUAGCCAUUAUUAUAAAUAAACUUGUUAUUAUUGUUAAAAAUAGUUUUGAGUUAAACUCAAGUGCCCAUUAUCUUGCUUUAUUUUAAUUUAUUAUGUUUUAGGUUUAAAAAUUUAUACGAAAAAGGCAAAAUAAUGUAUUAAAAAUUGUAUCAAAAUUAAUUCACGUGUGGUUUUAAAUGUAUCUAUUAUAUAGCGUGUCUAUUUAUUUUACGAAUGAAAUAACGAUCAAUUUAUAUUGAAAAUUUUAAAUAACAUUUAAAAAAUGUAUGAUUCAUUAAAUACUUUCUUGUGUCAUUACUUUCAUUUACAAUAGAACAAUGUAUUCGACAAAUAUAAGACUGAGAAAUUGUAUACAAAACCACAUCUCAACAGUCUCUUGUAAUAAAUUGUAGACAAUUAAGAAUUAUAAAUAAGUACAAUAGUUUCUGUGACAGUAUAUAAUAAUUAUAAAUACACAUAUUGCUUCGAAA